AUGGCUCCAGGUUCUCGUUGGCUUGAGGGUGGCCUUUGCGCCGAUUUCCCUGACCCUGAUAGUUGGUCUAGGUAUCAGAGUAACAGCGAUUCGAAUACUUCCGGUAAACUGGUCGACCAAAUCUACGCUUUGAAAGCUUUUAAGAGCCUUUAUUCUGUAGGCGUUGCGGCGGACGGAGUGGAUUGGAAGGUAAUCGUGCCCAAAUUUCUCAUUCACUCUCACUCGCUUGCGCUUGACCUUGAAACGGGAAAAGUCCUUGGCCAGAACCAAUGCGGCGAACUUAUGUUGAAGACGGACAUUCUGUUCAAAGGCUACCACAACUACGAUUCCUCCGACACGUUGGACUCGAAGGGAUGGUUGAAGUCAGGGGAUCUGGCGUAUUAUAAUGAUGAAAAUUGCGUUUUUAUCGUUGAUAGAAUUAAGGAUACCUUCAAGUACAAGGCCUAUCGCAUAUUCCCAAGCUAUAUUGAACCCAUUCUCCUUGACCACCCCAUCAUUAAAAAUGCCGUGGUUCUCGGCCUGCCACACGAGACGGAAGGCUUCCAUCCCAUGGCGCUGAUUGAACUACUCGAAGGGGAGCUAAUAAGCGCCGAGGAAGUUGUAAAAUUCGUUGAGAAGAGGGUUUCGGACAAAUAUCGCUUACGCGGAGGGGUGAAGAUUGUCGGUAGAAUUUAG